AUGGUCACACUCAAGGUUGAACUUGGUGAGCUGAAUUCUCCUCUGGAGCAAGUCAUGUCUGCUGAGUGCAAUGCACAUCCUCAGCCACCUAAACAGUGGUGCCAAGUGCAUGCAACCACUUUUAGGGCUCAGGUUGUUACCCUGAAAGUGUUCUCUCCUUCUCCUUUGGAGUUGAAUGAGGAGGAUAGAGACAGUAAUACGCUGAAUAGAAUUCAAUUGGUGAAGGGGCUAGAGGAUGUGACAGUGUGUGAGAAAGAAGUAUGCACCUUUCAGGUGGUCCUGAGUCAUGCUUUCAUCCAGGGUCAGUGGACCAGGGAUGGAGUCCCAUUUAAAUCCAAGCCUGUGUGUCGAAUUGCCACACAGGGGAAAAAGCACACUCUCACACUGACGAGGGUCACAGUUGCUGAUUUGGGCCUCAUCUGCUUCAAGGCUGAAGGAAUUGAAACCUCUGCUAUGCUUACAGUCACAGCCAGAGAUAUAAAGAUUGUAAAGGAUCUUAAGAAUGCCAGUGUGACUGAGAGGGAGAGCGUGACAUUUAUCUGUGAGGUUAACUGGGAAGAUGUGGAUGGGAAGUGGUACAAGGACGGCAGCCGUUUGAGAUCUGGAGAGAAUGUUAAAAUAAGAUGUGAAGGUAAAAUACACUCGCUAACCUAUAAAUCAGUAAAACCUGAAGAUGCCGGUGAGAUCAGAUUCACUGCUGAAAGGGUCUCCUCAACAACAACACUACAAGUCAAAGAGCUUCCAGUUCAUAUCGUGAAACCUCUGAAGGUGAAGAUAGCCAUGUACAAACAUCGUGCCUUGCUGGAGUGUCAGGUCUCCCGUUCCAAUGCCGUGGUUAAAUGGUACAAAAGAAACCAGGAAAUUGUGCCAAAUAGGAAGUACCAAACUAUCAGUGAAGGCGUGUACAGACAACUCAUCAUUGAUGAUGUGGGAUCCUCCGAUGAAGAUACUUUUAUCUGUGAUGCUGUUGAUGAGAGGACUUUCUGCCAGCUGUUUGUAGAGGAGCAAGCCAUCAGCAUUUUGAAAGGACUGAGUUCUGUAGAGGUCAUGGAGCCUAAAGAGGCACGUUUUAAAGUGGAAACCAGCAUUAAAUUGGAGAGGGCACCAAAAUGGACCCUGAAUGGAAGGCUACUAAGUCCCUGUUCAGAAAUCAAGAUUGAGAGGCAAGGAACCUCAAAUAGACUUAUUUUUACUCAAACUGACUGUAGUAUGUGUGGCAUUGUGCAGUUCACCUCAGGGAAGAGCAAAUCAGAGGCUCAACUCACAGUUACAGAGCGCCCAUUGAUUGUCACACGGCCCAUUUCAGACGUGGAGGUGAAAGAGAAUGGUUCAGUUACUCUCAGUUGCGAUUUCUGUCCAUCCCCCAGAGUGGUGCGCUGGUUCAAGGGCAGAACCCCCUUGUUUGCCUCCAAUAAGCAUACAAUGAAGCGGCAGAAGAACCGAGUUGAGAUGAUCAUCCAGGGUGUGAAGGCAAUAGAUUCAGGAGAGUAUCGCUGUUUGGCUGGUGGUUCAGAGACAAGAGGAAGAGUAAAUGUGGAAGUGAAAAAGUUGAAAAUCAUAAGACACUUGGAUCAAGUAGAGGUCGAGGAGGAUGGAACAGCAGUAUUUAGUUGUGAACUGAAUUAUGAGUCUCCUAGUGUCCAAUGGCUUCUCAAUGACAGAGUGAUGUACACCAAUCACAUAAACAAAAUCCAGAAUUUUGGAAAGGUGUACAGUCUGAUCCUAAAACGACUUACCCCUCAAGAGAGCCGUGUAACAUUCAAAACCUUUGAUAUCUACGAGUCUGUGUUCCUACGAGUCAAAGAGAGGCCAGCAGUGUUCAUCAGAUCAUUGGAGGAUGUAGCAGGUGAGGAGCUUGGUGAAAUUCGUCUGCAAUGUGAGGUUUCCAAGAAAUCGAUAACACCUGUUUGGAGGAAAGAUGGUGCAAUUAUAACAGCCAAUGAGAAGUAUGAGAUUCUCCAAGUGGUGAAGUCUUUGACUCUUGUCGUUCACAAACUUAAGAAGGACGAUGGUGGGGAGUACACAUGUGAUAUAGGCUCCAGUCAAACCAAAGCAAAAGUCGUAGUUCGUGACCUGCAUAUUACCAUUGUCAAAGGCAUAAGGACAACAAAUGUAUUGGAGGGGGAAAAUUGCAGUUUUGAGUGUGUUCUGUCCCAUGAUAUCAUUGAUGAAGCAUUGUGGAUCUUGAAUGGACAACUGAUUGUCAGCAAUGGACGGAUCAUAGUUGCUAACAAGGGGAGGAAAUAUAUGAUGAACAUUCAGGAAGUGAUGAUAUCUGAUGCUGGGGAAGUGGUCUUUACUGUCAAAGAUCUCAGUUGCAGGACUAUGCUGUUUGUCAAAGAGAAGCCUGUGAGAGUGUUUCGAGAUAUGCUAAAUGUUAAAGCAACACCUGGCGAAAGUGCAGAGCUUAGCUGUGAGAUCACCAAACCUGACGCAACAGUUAAGUGGUUGAAAAAUGGGCGAAUAAUUAGAGUCAGCCCAAAAUACGAAAUUACCCAAAAGGAUUAUCUUGUGAAGCUUAUCAUCCAUAACGCUGCCAUAAUGGACUCAGGAGAGUACUGUUGUGAGGCUGAUGGGAUUGCUACAAGGGCGAGAUUAGAUGUCAGAGACAUACAACAUACAUUUGCAAAGGAACUGAAGGAUUUGAGUGCAGAGGAAAAGGGCACGGUGAUCCUGGAGUGUGAAACCAGGAGGCCUGCCACCACCGUGACCUGGUUAAAAGGCCUGAUGGUGCUCAGUUCAGGUCAGAAGUACCUGAUGAAGAAGGAGGAUGUUGUCCUUUCUCUCACAAUCUUCAGUUUAGAUAAGCGUGACAGUGCCAUCUACACCUGUGAUGUUGGGACAAUGCAGAGCAGGGCAUUACUCACAGUUCAAGGACAAAAAGUUAUCAUUUUGGAUGAGCUCGAAGAUAAAGAGUGUCUUGAUGGAGAUACCGUUGUCUUUAAAUGUCGGAUUUGCCCAAGUGACUACACUGAUGUUAAAUGGUACCUGGAUGAGACCUUGCUCUACACUAAUGAUCUCAGUGAAAUCAAGAUGAUGCCUGCUGGCUACCAUACUCUUACCUUCAAGCAGCUUGCGCGCAGAGACACUGGCACCAUCUCUUUUGUGGCUGGAGACAAAAGAUCAUAUGCGUCACUAUUAGUUAGAGAGAGACGCCCCACAAUAACUAAAGCGCUGGAGGACACAGAGGCAAUUGAAGAAGGAAGUUUGGUAUUGUUAUGUAAGACCUCAAAGCCAUGCCAUACUGUCUGGUACAAGGAUGGCUGUAUAGUCUGGAGUUCCUCAAAGUAUGCAGUCAGUCGAUCUGGAAAUGAGGCCAAGUUGGUCAUCUGUGAUGUGAAAGAGAGUGAUGCAGGAGUGUUCGAGUGUGAUGUAGGAUCUGUCAGAACUAAAGCCACUGUGACUGUUAAAGCUGUCCCUGCUGAGUUUACAAAACUGCUUCAAAAUCAGGAGGUCAAAGAAGGAGAGAGUGUGACAUUGGCAUGUGAAUACUCUAUACCCGGUGUCCAGUUUAUAUGGCGCAAAGGAGCUGAGACACUAAAGUCUGGCGGGAAGUAUAACAUGAAGCAGAGGAAAUUGUGCAUCUCUCUUACGAUACACAAUUUGAAACCAGAAGACUCUGGGAAUUACACAUGCAUUUGCAGAGAUCAAAGAACUAUGGCAGAUGUAACAGUCAAUGCAGUUCCUAUUUCAUUUAUUAAAGAGCUCAAGAACCAAGAGACAGAGGAGGGUAAAAUUGUGACAUUACGCUGUGAGCUUUCUAAAGCUGGAUCCCCAGUGGAUUGGUUGAAAGGGGAAGAUAUUCUCUGGCCUGGUGAGAAAUAUCAAAUGAGACACAUAGUUACUAUACUGGAGCUAAUAAUCAGAAAUCCAGUGCCUGAGGAUAGUGGAACAUACAGCUGUGUGUGUCAGGAUCAAACAACAAAAGCCAUCAUCAAAAUACGAGCUCAACCGAUCACAUUUAAACAGAGGUUAAGAAAUCAAAUGGCUGAGGAGGGAAAAAAUACAAUUUUGUAUUGUGAGAUAUCAAAACCAGACACCCCUGUUGAAUGGAGAAAGGGGAAUAACUUGCUCAAAUCUGGAGAGAAGUACAAGAUCAGGCAAAGAGGCUCUGUACUAGAGCUGAAAAUAUUUAAUUUGACACAAGAGGAUAGUGGAGUCUACAGCUGUUCAAGUGGAACUGUUGAGACUUCAGCCAAUGUUACUGUUAGCACCCAACUUGUCACGUUCAAAAAGAAGCUGAACAACCUGGUAGCUGAGGAAGGUAAGACAAUAACAUUGCAAUGUGAGCUUUCUAAAGCAGGUGUCCCAGUAGAAUGGUGGAAUGGAAAUGAGCUUCUUCAGCCUGGAGAGAAGUAUCAGAUAAGAGAAAGAGACACAUCAGUUGAGCUUAUUAUAUGUGAGGCCAUGCUUGAAGACAGUGGAGUCUACAAAUGUGUCUGUGGAGACCAAAAGACAAAAGCUACAAUUAAAAUUGUUGGUUCUCCUGCCACUUUUAAGCAAAACCUUAAGAACCAAGAAGUUUUGGAAGGGGAAUCUCUAAUCCUACGAUGUAAGCUCUCUAAAGAUGGAGUGCCUGUGGAAUGGCAGAGAGGAGAUAAACAGAUCUUAUCUGGGACACGGUACCAGAUAAGGCUGGAUAGAAAGACUGCUGAGUUGGAAAUAACCAAUGUUUUCCCUGAAGAUGCUGGAAUAUACAGCUGUGUGACCGGAGACCAGAAGACCAUAGCCGAAGUGAAAGUCAAAGCUCUUCCAAUUACUUUUAAACGAGAGCUUCAGAACCAGGUGUCUGUAGAGGGUGAGUGUGCAAUAUUUAUCUGUGAGCUUUCCAAGCCUGGUGCUCCAGUUGAGUGGAGAAAAGGAAGAGUCAUUCUGACAGCUGGAGACAAAUAUCAAAUGAAGCAGGAGGGACGAUUGACCAAACUGGUGAUAAAUCAUCUUGUAGAUGGUGAUGCAGGAAAUUAUACCUGCAAAACCAAAGAUGCACAAUCAACAGCUGAAUUGAUGGUUCAAGGUAAGAUCGUAUCAACUUCUGUAAAGCAAAGAGAAUUAGAGAGACUCCCUGCUACCUUUAAACAAACUCUAAAGAACCAGGAAACUAAGGAGGGAAGCAGUGUCACUUUGCAUUGUGAACUUUCUAAGGCUGGAGUGCGAGUAGAGUGGUGGAAAGGAGAAGAAAUGCUCAAAACUGGAGAAAAAUAUCAGUUGAGGCACAAAGAAGCAACAGUAGAAUUGUUAAUAAGGAAAGCACAACCAGAAGACAGCGGAAUUUAUUGCUGUGUAUGUGGUGAUCAGAAGACAGAAGCCACCAUUAAAGUUAAUGCUCUCCCCAUCACUUUCAAACAAGAACUUGUGAAUCAAGAGAGUGAAGAAGGGAACAAUGUCACCUUGCGCUGUGAACUCUCAAAGGCCAGUGCUGAUGUGGCAUGGUUGAAGGGAGAGGAAAUUCUUAAGCCUGGAGAUAAGUACCAGAUGAGACAGAUAGCAUGUAAAAUGGAGCUUGUUAUCAGGAAAGCAGUACCUGAAGACAGUGGAGUCUACAUCUGUGUAUGCAGCAAUCAGUCAUCCAAAGUUAUGGUUAAAAUCAAUGCUCUUCCAAUCACAUUCAAACAAAACUUGAUCAAAAAAGAAGUGGUGGAGGGCAACACUGUUGCUUUGCGUUGUGAGCUUUCCAAACCGGGUGCCACAGUGAAAUGGUGGAGGGGUGAAGAGAUGCUGAGACUGGGUGAGAAAUACAUGAUGAGGACUGAGGGAAGGAUUGCUGAACUAAUAAUCAAGAAUGUGAACUCUGAGGAUGUUGGCUCAUACAGCUGCACUACAGGGAAAGAAAAAACUACAACAGAGGUCAAAGUCAUGGCUCUACCGGUCACUUUUAAACAAGGACUACAAAAUGAAGUAACAAAAGAAGGUGGUCAAGCUGUUUUUAGCUGUGAGCUCUCUAAACCCAGUGCUCAUGUUGACUGGAGAAAAGGAAGAGUAAUUCUCAAGACCAGUGACAAGUAUGAAAUGAAGCAAGAGGGAAGGUUGACCAAACUUGUCAUACACAAUGUGGAAGCAAAUGACACUGGAAAAUAUUCAUGUAAAACCAAGGAUUCUGAGUCAACUGCUGAGCUAACGGUUAAGGUUCCACCUAUAACCUUCAAAGUUAAGUUGAAAAAUCAGGAAGUUGAAGAGGAAAACACACUCAUCUUGCACUGUGAACUUUCAAAAUAUGGAUGUCCUGUUGAAUGGAAAAAGGGAGAGGAGCUCCUCAGGUCUGGGUACAAAUAUCAAAUCAGGGAGCAUGGUGCUACAAAAGAGCUGAUCAUCAUGAAAGCCAUGCCCGAAGACAGUGGGGUCUACAAUUGUAUAUGUGGGGAUCUAAAGACCGAAGCCACAAUCAAAGUGUUUGCCACGCCAGUAACAUUCAAACAAAACCUGAAGAACCAAGAGGCCCCAGAGGGAGGUUUAGUUAUUCUUCAUUGUGAGCUGUCCAAAGCUGGGGUCCCAGUAACAUGGUGGAGAGGGGACAAGGAGCUUAGCAAUGGGACUAAAUACCAGAUCAAGCAGGAGGGGUUGUUUGCCGUGUUACACAUUAAGAACAUUCUUCCUAAGGAUGUUGGGGAAUACAGCUGCAUUGUUGGAGACCAGAAGACCACAGCUGAAGUGAAUGUUAGGGCUGCUGCCUCUGUGUUCUUUGAGAAAGAACUUGAGAGUCAAGAUGCAGUAGAGGGGGAUUCUGUCCUCUUUAGUUGUUUACUCUCUAGCUCCAAUGCCCCAGUGACCUGGAGAAAAGAUGCAAAUCAGAUUACCCAGGGUGGGCGAUAUACCAUGCAUUGUAAAGGUUCCACUCAGGAGCUUGAAAUCAGGAAACUGAGAGCAGAGGAUGCUGGCAUAUACACAUGCAGUGUCAGAGGCAAGAAGACCUUUGCAACUCUCAGAGUGAUAGAACGUGUGAGGAUUGUGAAAGGACUACAUGAUUUGACCGUUACUGCCGGCGAAAAUGCCCAUUUUGUGUGUGAGCUGUCACACGAGAACAUCCUUGAUGGAGUUUGGUUACUUGGUUCCAACAUACUGCAGGAGAAUGACAUGAACCAAAUACGUACCUGUGGCAGAGAACACCACCUUGUGCUCACCAUGACCACACUUGAGGAGUCCGGUAUUGUGUCCUUUGUGGUGGGAAAUGAAAAGACUUCAGCUCAUCUGCGGGUGAACAGCAAACCUAAAGUUUUUAUAGAGGAGAAACUGAAAGACAUUAUCAUUUUUGAGGGAGAUUCUGCCACACUGUCCUGUGUGACUUCUGACACUUGCACUCCUGUCACCUGGAAACGAAAUAAUGUAACCCUGCUUCUGGGAGAAAAAUAUAAACCUCUGAAAGAAGGGAAGCUUAAUCGUCUUCUAAUUUACAAAGUCAGAAAAGAGGAUGCUGGGAAUUAUAUGUGUGAUACAGGAGAUAUGCAGAGCAGUGCUACCCUUACAGUCAAAGAACAUCCUUUGUUUUUCUGCGGGGAGCUCCAAAACCAAGAAGCUGAAGAGGGUGAGAUUGCUUUCUUGCGCUGUGAGCUGUCUCAACCUGGAGUUGCUGUUGAGUGGAAGAAGGGAGCAGUUCUGCUUAGACCAGGGAACAAAUAUGAGAUGCAGCAGGAUGGAUGUGAGCUACAGCUACAGAUAAAUGAUGUCACAAGUCAGGACAAUGGCGCCUACAGAUGUUGUGCCGACGGCAUUGAGACAAGGGCCAGCAUUACUGUGAAAGAGCAUCCUUUGUUUUUCCGCGGAGAGCUCCAAAACCAAGAAGUGGAGGAAGGUGAGACAGCCUUCCUGUGCUGUGAGCUCUCUAAAUCUGUAGCUCCAGUACAGUGGAAAAAAGGUGCAAUGCUGCUGAAGCCUGGAAAGAAAUAUGGCAUAAUGCAAGAAGGCAAUGAAUUACAGCUUCAGAUCCAUGACCUCACUUGUCAAGACAGUGGGAUCUACAAAUGCUGUGCUGGCAGCCUAGAAACAAGGGCUAAUAUUUUUUAUGUUGAUAUUGUUGUCACAUUCAUUUACUACAAAUCUAGUAAACAAAUUAAUUCUACCUUGCCAGAGCAACCUCUAUUCUUCUGUGAAGAACUCCAUAGCCAGGAGGCAGAGGAGGGUGAGACGGCCUUCCUAUGCUGUGAGCUCUCUAAACCUGGAAUUGAAGUGCAAUGGAAGAAGGGGGCAAUACGACUGAGACCAGCAAACAAAUAUGAGAUGAAACAAAAUGGGUGCAAAGUACAGCUUCAGAUACAUGACCUGACAAGUCAGGAUAGUGGCACAUACAAGUGUUGCUUUGGAAGCCUGGUUACUACAGCAUCUAUUGUAGUCAAAGAACAACCUUUGUACUUCAGCAAGAAUCUUGAGUGUCAAGAAGCAGAGGAGGGAGAAACUGCCUUGAUUUGCUGUGAACUUUCAAAACCUAGAGCAGCUGUACAGUGGAAGAAGGGAACAGUGCUGCUAAAGCCUGGCAGGAAGUAUAAAAUAAAGCAGAAUGGUAGUGAAUUGCAGCUUCAGAUCUGUGAGCUCACCAUUCAAGACAGUGGUGUCUACACAUGUUGUGUUGGUAGUCUAGUGACCUCAGCAUCUCUGGAAGUUAAAGAGCAACCUCUGUAUUUCUGUGAGGAGCUCCAAAGGCAAGAAGUAGAAGAAGGUGAGACUGCCAUAAUGACCUGUGAGCUCUCUAAAACCGGAGAUGCAGUGCAGUGGAUGAAGGGAACAGUGCUGCUUAGACCAGGAAAUAAAUAUAAUAUGAAGGAGAAUGGGUGUAAAUUACAGCUUCUGAUACAUGAUUUGAACAGUCAAGACAGUGGCAUGUACAAAUGUUGUGUUGGUAGCUUGGUGACCACAGCAUCUCUUGAGGUGAAGGAACCACCCAUUGUCUUCAUAGAGGAGCUCCAAAGUCAGGAGGUAGAGGAGGUUAAGACAGCCUUCCUUUGCUGUAAACUCUCAAAACCUGGAGUUGCUGUGCAGUGGAGGAAGGGAUCAUUGCUGCUAAAACCAGGAAGAAAGUACGAGAUGAAACAGGAAGACUGUAUACUACAGCUUCAGAUACAUGACCUGAAAAGUGAAGACAGUGGCUCUUAUAAAUGUUGUGCAGGUAGCCUGGUGACAAGUGCUUCUCUUAUGGUGAAAGAGCAACCUUUGUUCUUCUGCAAGUAUCUGCAAGGCAUUGAAGCAGAGGAAGGUAAGACAGCCUACCUGAGCUGUGAACUCUCCAAACCUGGAGUUGCUGUGCAGUGGAAGAAGGGAGCAGUGUUGCUAAAUCCAGGAAACAAGUAUGAGAUUAAACAGGAUGGCUGUCUACUACAUCUACAGAUAUAUGACUUGAAAAGUCAAGACUCUGGCUCUUAUAAAUGUUGUGCAGGUAGCCUGGUGACAACCGCUUCCCUACUGGUAAAGGAACAGCCUCUGUUCUUUUCUGAGGAGCUCCAAAACCAAGAAGCAGAGCAGGGAAAGACAGCCAUCUUGCACUGUGAGCUCUCUAAAAAAACUGGAAUUACUGUGCAGUGGAAGAAAGGAGUUGUGCUGCUGAAGCCUGGUAAAAAGUAUGAGAUGAAUCAGGAUAACUGUAAACUACAGCUUCAGAUCCAUGAGCUAACAGCUCAGGACAGUGGGAGCUACAAAUGUUGUGCUGGAACCCUGGUGACUACUUGCUCAAUUUUGGUGAAAGAGCAACCUUUAUUCUUUUGCAAGAACCUUCAAAGCAUUGAAGCAGUGGAAGGUGAAGCAGCUAUCCUAAGCUGUGAGCUUUCAAAACCCGGUGUUGCUGUACAGUGGAAGAAGGGAACAGUGUUGUUAAAGCCUGGAAGCAAAUAUGAAAUGAAACAAAAUGGCUCAGAAUUACACCUUCAAAUCCAUGAUCUAAAAUGUCAGGAUAGUGGUGUCUACAAUUGCUGUACUGCUAGGAUUGAGACAACAGCUUCUGUUGUUAUAAAAGAGGCUUCACCAAAAACUAAAGACAUCCCUCAAGCCCCACCAAGAUCAAAAGGAAAAAAUUGUCAGCUAAGUGUUAUUGUGGAAAAACCACGCAGUGACCUAGUUCAAAGUAAACAGCUGUCAGUGAUUGAGACAACAGACAACACUAUCUUAGAACCAUCAGAAAGUCACUUCCAAGAUCUCUUUGAGAAAGAGGCAGAUGACCAAGCAGUCCAGAGUAAAUCAUUAGUGAGACAAAAGGGAAAAAAUGGGAGUCCUAAAAUGACUCGGGUUGUACACAAGUUUGGUCCUACCAUGGAAGAACCUGAAAUUCCUUCUCUUUCAACCCAUGUACAUGAAGAACAAAUAAAAAAAGGAGUGGAUGCAGAUUCCAAAAUUCUUGCUAGGAUUUCUAAAGACCAGCACAAUGAAGAGAUAUCAGUGCAAGCUCUGAAGAAAAUUCCAAGCACAGAUAAAAAUGAACAUAAAGGCAAGGAACUACCCAGAGACAUUCCCCAGCCUUCACACAGGUCAAAGGGUAAGGUCACACAUAUUAAUGUUUCACCCCAAGACCAACACAAUGUCAAACAGCCAACUGUGGACAAGGAGUCCAACAAACAAGAUGUGGUCAUGAUGUCAAGAGUGGAAACCCCAAAGGCAUCUGAGCAUGUCAACCUAACUCUAGCUCUCCCCAAUGAGGUCUCCCAGCCUUGUGUUGAAUCCAAAAGUCAACCCUAUGUCUUGGAAGUAAAGAACCAGGGUAUCGACAUAAAGCAAACAGAAUAUAAAUAUAUUUCUCCAAGCCUCUCCAAAGAAAUGGCCCCCCAUCAAAUUGAACCAUUCCAAAGAGUGGCCACAGAGCAAAUUGUGGACACUGUCUCCAUGGUAUUAGAAGAUGAUGAAUUGCACCUCCAUAAGGACAAAGAGUGGGAACAAAAUAAAGUAAGUGUUGCCACAGAGCCAAUUGUGGACACCAACUUCAAGGCAUCAGAGGACGAUGAAUUGCACUUCAGGAAGAAUAAAGAUAAGGAGCAGGAAAAUAAAUUAUUGGAUAAAAGUGUACUAUAUGAGAGACCAUAUGUCAGUUUUGAAAGGGGUUCAGAAAUUGAAAAGAUUAAAUUCAUUGAUGAACAUUAUGGAACAGUGCCAAAGCAUGUUGAAGAAAGAUAUUCAAAACUAAAAAGCUCCAAGGAUCAAGAGGCAGAACUGAGACGGAAACUCUUUGAUAAAAAUGUUACAUAUGAGAAACCAAAUAUUGAUUCUGAAAAGGUUUCAGAAACUGAAAACAUUCAGUCCUUUGAUGAACAUCAUGGAAAAGUGCCAAAUUAUUUAGAAGAAAAAGCUCCAAAACCAAGAAGCCCCAAGGAUCAAGUGACAAAAUCGAACAAAAAAUUACUGGUAAAAUCUGAGAAACCCAUUGUCCACUCUGAAAAGAGUCCAGAAAUUGAACAGGUUAAAUCAAUAGAUGAACAUCAUAGAAAAGUGCCAAAGCAUGUUGAAGAAAAAGCACCAAGUGUUGUUAUAACAAGCCAGAAACUUCAAAAACAUCAUAUAUUUUCUACAGAGAAAGCUAAUGCAAUGUCUUUUAAAGAAGUGCAGAGGAAGUCACAGGUCAAGCUUGAAGAAUAUGUUUCUCGGGGAUCUAUAACUCAAGUACAGGAGAUGACGACAGAUCAGAUCAUGCUAGGUGCUCAAAGUGUGGAUACUAAUGAACAGAAUAUUUCCCAAGCAGAACAAGUUAGUUUUGAUAGCCCUGGGAUAGACAUACAUUUUGAAGAUGAGCCGGAGAUGCUGGAGGCUGCCAUUAAGAUUCAAGCUGCUUUCAAGGGCUACAAAACUAGAAAGGAUAUGCGGCCUGGCUUCAAAAAAGUGUUCAAGAACCAGAAUAUCGAAAUUGGUGGCACAUUAUUCUUAGAGUGUGUUGUGGAAGGUAGAAUCUGCAUGGUGCGCUGGCUUAAAGAUGGAGUAGAUCUCAAGCCAGGGAAAAGGUACAAAAUCACCCAUAAUGAGGAUGGUAGGUGCCUUCUAGCAUUUUCCAUUGUUACAACCAAAGAUGCUGGAAUCUAUACAUGUGAAGUAGAAAACAAGUUUGGAACAAUUAGUUACAAUGGGAAUGUGACAGUGGGUAAACCUCAAAAGCCAUCGCUGAAAAGUCAGACUGUACAAACACCAGGUACAGAAAUUGUCUCUGGGAAAGAGACUGUACAGACACUUAAUACUGAAGAGGAAUUAUUGAGACUUGCCUAUGAUCUACCGGCAGAUGACACCUUCAGCAAGAUCAAGGAGAAGAGGAGAAGUCUAAUAUCAGUCAGCUCAAUGUCCUGUCACUCAGAUUAUGACACAGCCCCUGAUGCUGAGAUGGAACACCUAUCUUGGGGGAAAGAGCCAGAGAAGUCAAAAUCUGAAGCUCCAACUACUCAAAGUUCUGAAGAAAAUAAAAGUAUUAGUGCACAACCCCCAAAGACUUUAGGCCAGCUGAAAGUGAAAGAUGCUAAUCCACUGAGCAGAGCACCUUCUCCUAAACGCAUACAUUCCUACAAGUCCUCAGCAAAUAUUGAGUCAUUCUCAGAGUCAGAUGGAGAUGAAGACAGAGGAGAGACAUUUGACCUUUAUGUAGCCAAAACGGAUUGUCAUCCUAUGGGAGGAAACAAAGAGGCUUUUGUACUAAAGGAAGGCCAAUUUGUGGAGGUCCUGGACUCAGGUCAUCCUGUCAGGUGGCUUGUCCGUACAAAGCCAACCAAGAUCACACCAUCCCGUCAAGGCUGGGUUUCCCCAGCAUACCUAGAGAAAAAGAUAAAAGAAACCUUUUCAUUGGGCCAUGAAUUAGAGACAAGAGAUACCCCUGAAAAAGGCAAAACAAUGGUCACAAAGGAUGAGCACAGCUUGAUCCAAAGUCAGUUGAUCAAGGGACUGCUUGAUGGUGAGAUCGAUUUUGUGCAGGAGAUGAACUUCUUUUUGGAGCACCAUUUACAGUACUUAGAUACAAGCUCUCAAGUUCCUCUCACUAUCCUCAGCCAAAAAGAGUAUAUUUUCCGCAAUAUCAGGGAUAUUGCAAGCUUCCAUGAAUGCUGUAUUCUCCCAAAACUGGAGAUGUGCUUCUCCGAUGACGAUGUAGCCCAGUGUUUUGUCAGUUAUUCACCAGACUUUGAGAUGUAUCUCCAAUACAUUACAGGCCAGCCCCAAGCUGAAGCCUGCAUCUCAGACAAAAACACACAGUACUUUUUUAAGCAAUAUGCAAACACCGAGUUGGCACCUUUGAACACACAGGUCUUCAAUGUUGGCACAUAUUUGCAGAGACCAAUGGAGAGAAUUCAAACAUACAAGAAUGCACUUAAGGAGCUGAUCAGAAACAAAGCAAAGAGUGGACAGAACUGUUGUCUUCUUGAAGAUGCCUUUGCCGUGGUUUCCAGCUUGCCUUGGCGUGCGGAGAACUUGCAUCAUCUUUCCAUGAUUGAGAAUUACCCUGCACCUCUUAAGGGUCUUGGAGAGCCUGUUAGACAGGGCCAUUUUACAAUAUGGGAGGAGGUUCCUGAGGUCAAGAUUUCUCAGAGAGGACAUCGCCGCCAUGUCUUUCUCUUCAAAGACUGUGUUGUCUUCUGCAAGCCAAAUAGAGAACUCAGCACAUACACUGAGUCCUACAUAUUCAGGAAUAAAAUGAAGUUGAGUGAUAUUGACGUAAAAGAUACAGUGGAAGGAGAUGACCGGUCAUUUGGUCUGUGGCACGAGCACCGGGGAAUGAUGAGAAAAAUUAUUCUGCAAGCUCGGUCCAUCCUCCUCCGCCUUUCCUGGCUCAAAGAUCUGAGAGACCUGCAGCAGCGCAGCAAACAGCCCACUUGGAGUGCCCCAUGCUUUGAGCAGCAUCUAACUGACUUCUCAGCAAAGCUUGGGCAAACUCUAAAACUGACCUGCAAGGUCACUGGUACACCAAAACUGGCAAUAAAGUGGUAUAAAGAUGGUUAUGCUCUGAAGGAUGACCAGCAUCACAUUACCUCAGAAGGACAGUUGGGUGCUUGUUAUCUUGUUCUGACUGGUGUUACAGUGGCAGACUCGGGUCAAUACAUGUGCUAUGCAUCCAAUCCAGCAGGCAACGCAAGCACCUUGGCUAACAUCAGGAUUGAUGUGCCUCCAAAUUUCACAACCAGACUAGAAAAUGUGCUGUUUGUGAAGGGUCAAGAUAUGCAGUUCAAGUGCUCCACAAAAUCGAUUCCUUUACCGUCAGUGAGGUGGUUUAAGGAUGGUAUUGAGCUUGAGUAUAACAGUAAACACAAGAUUCAUUCUGAUGCGCAAGCAGGAAUUCUUACUCUCACUGUAAAGCAAGCUGAAGAGGCAGACCUGGGUCAAUACCAGUGCGAGCUACUGAAUGAAGUGGGCAGUGCCAAAUGUAAAGCUGAACUAUACUCUCCAGCACCCAUAGCUGUGACAGCCAAAAACAAAAAACAAUCACAAACUGAGCCUACCCCAGAGCCCCAAUCAGGAGGCUGGUCCAGUUCCUUUGUGAAGAACCUGUUUCAUAUACUCUUUCAGCCUGGAUACCCUGAACAACCUGCUGCAGGCAUUGUAGAAACACACACUAAUGAAGGACACAAUGUUUUGGAAAAGCAGACACAGAUCGCACAGGAACCCAUGGGGCCUGAGGAAACACUUUUCUAUUUAGAAACGGAGGAGGAGAUACUGACAGAGCAUCCUGUCGUGCAAGUUGGCAUAGAAGACUUGACAGUCCUGCCUGGUCAGCCGGCAACCUUUUCUGCCAUCAUUACUGGCCAGCCCAUCCCAAAGAUUCUAUGGUUUAAGGAUGGCAAGGAAAUCUUAGCCAAUGAGUACACCAAAACCGUCCAAAGUAGUGCACGUUGCUCCCUCACUUUGCUGGACACUCACACAGAAGAUUGUGGCACCUACACCUGCAUAGCUAGCAACAGUGCAGGUCAAGCCACUUGCCACGCUAAACUGACUGUUGACACUGAUAACAUUGAGGAGGAGAGAGAGGUGGAGUUUGGGAAAAGACGGAAGCUUCAUUCUGUAUAUGAUGUCGAUGAGGAAAUCGGAAGGGGCACUUUUGGGGUGGUUAAAAAAGUCACACACAGGGCAAGUGGUGAAUGCUUUGCUGCUAAGUUCCUUCCACUCAGAAGCAGUACAAGAACCAGAGCAUUUCAGGAGAGAGAUCUACUGUCCCGUCUGGCACAUCAUAGACUUGCAUGCCUCUUGGACUUUUUCUCCACCCGUCGCACCCUGGUGUUGGUUAUAGAACUAUGUUCUACGCAAGGGUUACUAGAUCAUUUGUUUUUAAAGGGAUCGGUUACAGAGAAGGAGGUCCAGUCAUAUAUUCUGCAGAUUCUGGAGGGCAUUGGAUACAUACACAGUAUGAACAUCCUACAUUUGGAUAUCAAAACAGACAAUAUUCUAAUAGUGUCCCCUGGGAGAGAAGACAUCAAAAUCUGUGACUUUGGCUUUUGCCAGGAGAUUGACAACUCCAGACACCAGUACAGCAAAUUUGGGACACCAGAAUUUGUUGCUCCAGAGAUUGUCCACCAAGAGCCUGUGACUGUUGCCACUGAUAUCUGGUCUCUUGGUGUUGUUACUUACUUAUGCUUAACGUGCCACUGCCCUUUCUUUGGGGAUAAUGACCGUGCCACACUGAUGAAGGUAGCUGAGGGGGUGAUGUACUGGGACACGCCUGAAAUCACAAGCAGAAGUGUGGAGGCUCAGGACUUCCUACAUAGGGUUCUGCAGCCAGACCCAGAAAAGAGACCAUCUGCUUCUGAAUGUUUGAGUCAUGAGUGGUUUCAGGGUCAUUAUGAAGAUGAAGAGCCAGAGGACAUUAGUACCAAAAAUUUGAAAUCGUUUAUUUCAAGAAGGAAGUGGCAGCGUUCUUUGACAUGUCUUGGCUCUGUGCUUACUCUGAGACCAAUCCCAGUGCUGUUGGAGGCUCCUCUGCGCGAGGUUUCGAUUACAGCCACAAGGGAAACCCAGGAGCCCAGCAGCACCUCAUUAAGUAGUGGGUCCUCUUCAGAGUAUGAUGAGGCAGAUGCAUGGGACUUCUUCCAGCAGGUCAGCCAGGAGGAUGAAGAUGAUUUGGAGGAAGAGGAUGAUUAUGACCCAUACGCUCUUGUGUCAAAGAGGCCUAUGGCUCUAAAACAGGAGGAAGACGUGCUUAUUGGUGAGGGUAGAGAUGAAAGAGGCCCACUCAUCAUUCCAUCAAGAGGGACAGAAGUUUUCACACCCGUGCCUCUCAGUUUGGAGCAAAGGGACAGUAGCUUCUCAGAGGGAGAUGAGGGAUUGACUGGUGGGUCUCUGAUACCUCGCCGUAGCCUUAUCAAGAGCACCUUUUACUGCAGCCCUGAGCAGCUCUCGCCCAUCUCUGCUCGUCACAUGCUGCGUCAGGAUAAAAUCCAAGUGAAAAAGCAGGAGCGUGGCCGUAAGCCCCUCCGUUCCAGCCUCUCAGGCAGACUGAAUGAGCCUCUCAUAGAGUAUGUGGAAGAUUCCCCAGACUUGGAGGCUAAUCGCAGCCAGAGAAGAGGAUCAGUGCACUCAUCUAUGCUGAAGUCAAGCUCAUUUGAUACUGAAGUGAGUGUUGCCCAUCCAAACAUACACGCCCAGAGAAGAAGCAGGUCAUUAGAUGUGUACACACAACAUUCUGCAGCUUCAACUGAGCAAAGGGCACAGGGAGAUGAACAUAAUGUCGAAUUUAGCCAAAAAUCAGAUGUCUCUGACAAAGAAGAGGACAACAUUCAAGAGGUCCAAGUGAGAAGGCAACUUUGCCGUCGCUCGCCUGUUUCUGCAAGGAAGGGCCCCUUUGUUAUAGCAAAGGUGAGAGCACAGGUCCACGAGCCAAAAGAAGUACAUCAGCCAGUGUCCAGAGGCUCAUUUGUGGAUAACAGCCAAUUGCAGACCUUUGAAAAAAAAGCAGAACAUUUAGUUGAGGAGGAGAGCAUGGCUGGCUCAAAGCUCUCACUAGCAGAGUCAUACUCGCUUGACCACGGCUCAGAGCCCUCUAGCAGAGUAGGCUCAAAUGAAGAACUCUCUCUCAGUCAACAGUCUGCCUCUCAAAGAUACCUUGGGGAAACCUUUAUUGCUGGAUCCUCUGGAAAGACCUCUUCAUGCUCACUACUACAGGACUCAGAGGAAGAGGAAAUGGAGAGAGUUCUGAGAUCUCUUCGGCAAGACCUCCCUCAAGCCCCACCAAGACACCGCACCCACAGUUUAAGCUCUGGAACAAAUGAGAUUGGCACCAACAAGGGUAAUGCCCCUCUGAGAAGAAGCUCUUCAGCGGUUCCUGUCCGGGCUACAGUAGCACAUGUAAAGAGCAAAGAGGUUCUUCAGAGACAUGCCUCUGCCCCAGCUCUACAAGAUAAAACCCCUAGUGGGAAAACAUCUAAGGCUGGAUUCAUGAAGAUUUUCCGCAAGCACUCAUGGUCUAGCCAUUCUUCUCCUCAGCUAGAGGGCUCAGACAAGAAACAAGCAGAGGGAGUAUCCUCGCAGCCCAGGACGCCUCUUCUAAACCUAAGGAAGAAGAUGAGGGCUUCAGCCUCAAGUAUUACAAAACUGUUCAACCGACAAUCCAGCAAGGAGUCAACAGAAAAGAAGAAAGGAGGAUCAAUUGUGAAGAGCACCUCCCAUUUCAUGCCAGACAAAAUGACAUCCAUCUCUGCCAUAAAACCAGCUGCCACCUCACCUGGAAGUCCUCAGAAGAAGUCCAGACUGUUCUCUCUAAAAGUGCCAAUGUUUAAGAAAUCCAAAGAAGGUCCAGUCAAACCAUCAAGGCCAGAUGUCAUUCAGCUUGCAGGGGGUGGAGCACUUGUGUUCUGGAAACCAGUGGUCUCCAAUGAGCCAAUUACAUAUUGUAUUCAGUAUAGUGUAAAUGGUGGAGAGUGGAGAAUAUUGUCUGAGAAUACUACAGACAGCUGUUAUACAGCUAAUGCUCUCCCAAGAGGUCCAGGAUAUAUGUUCAGAGUGUCCUAUUUCACCAAGACAGGGUUGGCACCUUUCAGCGACCCAUCACCACCUGCCUUCAUGGCGACUCCUUAUGAAGACUUUCAUGUUCCUCUCAUUCAGAUGGAGUCCACUGGUUCAAAGAUCACUGUAGCUGGAGGUCUUGGCACUGAGAAGACUUAUAGCUUUCUGUCCGAAAUCAACAGAGGCCGUUUCAGUGUGGUAACCCAGUGUGAGGAUAGCCGCAGCUCUCAGAUGUUCGCAGCUAAGAUGACCCCUUACAGGCCAGAGCAGAGGCAACUGGUUUUGAGGGAAUAUCAACUGCUUCGCCGGCUGAGCCACCCUCGACUUGUCCAGCUGCAGUCAGCCAUUCUCACCCCCACCUGCCUGGUGCUUAUAGAGGAACUGUGCGCAGGACGAGAGCUUCUCUAUAACCUUGCAGAUAGGGAUCUCUAUGCUGAAAAUCACGUUACUGACCUGCUAGAGCAGAUUCUGAGUGCUGUGGAUUACCUACAUAGCCGACACAUCAUACACCUGGACCUAAAGUCAGACAACAUGCUGGUGACAGGCCGAAAUGUAGUAAAGAUUGUGGAUUUGGGCUCCGCUCAGCCCUUCACUCUGGGACAGGCUCUGAACAUUGAACACAUCAAAGAAAUAUCAGAUAACAAAGUUUAUAUUGUCCUUCCUAAAGCUCCUGAGAUCUUGGAAGGACAAGGAGUUGGACCUGAGACUGAUAUAUGGGCUGUUGGUGUUUUGGCUUUUAUCAUGUUAAGCGCAGACAGUCCCUUUCACGCUGAUUUAAAUUGGGAGAGGGAUCGCAACAUUAAAAAAGGCAAGAUCCAGUUCAGUCGCUGCUACCCAGGCCUCUCGGAGGGAGCCAUCAACUUCAUGAAGAACACCCUGAGCAACAAAGCCUGGGCAAGACCAACUGCUACAGAGUGCCUCCAAAACCCCUGGAUACAAGGAGAGCGUCCUCCCUCCAAACACCGUGACUCUGUGGUCUGUUUUUCGACAGACAAGCUGCAGGCUUAUCUCAGGGAAAGAGAGGUCAAGCGAGACCAUGCACGCACAAAAAUAAAACUCCCCCUCUCAUAAUUCAGACAAAUCUUAAAAAGAACAUAUUUGGAGGCUGAAACUUAAGUGUGGAACUAUGAAAAGGAUUUUUUCUAGUUGUAUGCACAGUCAAGUUUAUUUUGUAAUGUUCUCCCACAAUGGGGAAAAUUGCAGUGUUUUAGCAAUAAUAAUAAUAAUUAUAUUAAUACAUUUUGUCAGCAUUUCUUAUAAUAAAAUCAGACAAUGGCUAAUGUCUGUUGCUUUGUAUUCAUUAAAAAAUUGACCCAUUACCAGACACACUAUUUCACAAUAAAUAGUAGAAUAUGUGGGUAUUUAGCUCUUCAACCAUUUCAAUCAGAUGUGGUUUGGUUAUUCUGCUAAUCUGAUAUUACUGAAGAGAUACCAGAAAUAUUCUAUGAUAUUUAAUACUGUUCAGUCCUUCAUUUAUCAUAUGUAUCGCUGAUACAGUUGAAGUCAGAAGUUUACAUACACCUUAGCCAAAUACAUUUAAACUCAGUUUUUCACAAGUUCUGAAAUUGAAUGUUAGAAAACAUUGUCUGUUUAUUUUUAUCUUUAUUUCAAGAAUGUGAAAUGUCAGCAUAAUAGAAAAUGAUUUAUUUCAGCUUUUAUUUAUUUAUUCAUAUUUCCAGUGGGUAAGGAGUUUACAUACACUUUGUUAGUAUUUGGUAGCAUUGCCUUUAAAUUGUUUAACUUGGGUCAAAUGUUUUGGAUAGCCUUCCACAAGCUUCUUACAAUAAGUUGCUGGAAUUUUGGCCCAAUCCGCCAGACAGAAAUGGUGUAACUGAGUCAGGUUUGUAGGCCUCCUUGCUCGCCCACGUUUUAUCAGUUCUGCCCACAAAUUUUCUAUCGGAUUGAGGUCAGAGCAUUGUGAUGGCCAUUCCAAUACCUUGACUUUGUGUCCUUAAGCCAUUUUGCCACAACUUUGGAGGUAUGCUUGGGGUCAUUGUCCAUUUGGAAGACCCAUUUGCGACCAAGCUUUAACUUCCUGGCUGAUGUCUUGAAAUGUUGCUUCAAAAUAUCCACAUAAUUUUCCUUCCUCAUGAUGCCAUCUAUUUUGUGAAGUGCACCAGUCCCUCAGCAAAGCACCCCCACAACAUGAUGCUGCCACCCCCAUGCUUCACAGUUGGGAAGGUGUUCUUCGGCUUGCAAGCCUCACCCUUUUCUUUCAAACAUAACGAUGGUCAUUAUUGCAAAAAAUUAAAUUUUUGUUUCAUCAGAACAUAAGAUAUUUGUCCCCAUGUGCACUUGCAAACUGUAGUCUGGAUUUUUUUUAUGACGGUUUUGGAGCAUUGGCUUCUUUCUUGCCCUGCAGCCUUUCAGGUUAUGUCAAUAUAGGACUCGUUUUACUGUGGAUAUAGAUACUUGUCUAACUGUUUCCUCCAGCAUCUUCACAAGGUCCUUUGCUGUUGUUCUGGGACUGAUUUGGACUUUUUACACCAAACCAUGUUCAUUUCUAGGAGACAGAAUAUGUCUCCUUCCUGAGUGGGUAGUCCCAUGGUGUUUAUACUUGCGUACUAUUGUUUGUACAGAUGAAUGUGGUACCUUAAGGCGUUUGGAAAUUGCUCCCAAGGACCAGACAAGAAAAAAUAUCUGACGUCUUGGCUGAUUUUUUUUGCAAAGAGGCACGGAGUUUGAAGUUUAAAAUACAUCCGAGGGUACUCCUCCAAUUGACUAUAUCAGAAGCUAAUUGGCAAAUUUCCUUAAGGCUUGACAUCAUUUUCUAGAAUUUUUGAAGCUGCUUAAAGGCAUAGUUUACUUCUGACCCACUGGAAUUAUAAUAUAGUCAAUUAAAAGUGAAACAAUCUGACUAUAAACAAUUGUUUGAAAAAUUACACAUGUUAUGCACAAAGUAGAUGUCCUAAACGACUUGCCAAAACUAAAGUUUGCUAAUAUGAAAUCUGUGGAGUGGUUAAAAAAUGAGAUUUAAUGACUUCAACCUAAGUGUAUGUAAACUUUUAACUUAAACUGUAUAGUCACUGAGACAAUGUAGAACAAUAGCUAUAGGCCUAUCAAGGCAGAAUGUAGAAGGUUGUAUGCCUGUUUUUGCAGUAUACAUCUUUCUGUGUUAAUGAUUAUGUGUUUUUCUGUGUUAAUAAAAUUAAUUGGCAAUGACUUAUCAGGGAGUAUUUUUUCCUGUGUGAUUUUAAAUGCUAUUGUUAACUGCCGUAUUUUGUUCAUAAUUAUGUUAUUCUUCUAUAUGUUAUUUUUCUCCUGAUAUAUCAUAUUGUGUCAAAAACAUAGCAUCAAUAAUUUUGAUUGGUUUUGGGAGAAUGGGAUUGCUUGAUAUGCAUGCGUAUUGUCUUCUGCAUAUUCCCAGAAAUGACUUGAUCAAAUAAAAGGAUUUAAU